AGUACCUACACACAAGUUGCUUUUUGCAUGACAUACAUCUUCACCAGGCUCUUCAUCUCACUAUACCUAUUUCUUCGUUUUAUUCGUACUACUAAGCUCUUUCACAGAUCAUAUGCCAAAAUCCCGAAGUGGUAGGACAAUUACAAUUAGAAUUACACAAGACAAAUAAACCAUGCUGUACGAGCGAGGGUUUCUUUCCGCGAAUAAACCGCGGAUCGGGUCGUGGAAGCUGUUUCUGGUGACGACCCGCGGUCAGGUUCUGAUAUACCUGCUGCUGCCCGUAUUUCUACUCGGCGGCUUGUACAACUUUGAGGAUUCUUUUUCGGCUGUUUAUUCAGCGGGGGGCAUUAGCAUUUAUGGUGCGGCUGCCUUGUCCUCGUCCGUGCUUAAUACAACUGGUGUAUUUAUUACAACCUCGCACCUGCAGCUCGCAGUUGCAGUGCAGCAAGGUCGGCGGCUGGAAAAUACUCGCACGACUCGGCACGAAGAAAGAGAAAAAGAGCGGCCUGAUAUUAACCAGAGGAAAAAUAAACGUCCCCAUCACGACCCCAUAGUCGACGAGAUGGGAAAUCCGCUAGACAAAUCCAGCAGCUCCAUCAACUGAACUCCGAAUGUAGUGUAGUCGACGUUCGUGGCUAUAAUUAUACAUGUCGCAUGACCACUACAACUAAUUCAGCUACCGAUUUUUACUCAGAGCAUGGCUGAUUCAUGGUCCAAAAAAACAACGAAUCCCUGAUGUUCUCAAAAAUCUCCUUGGAGUACGCAUGAGAGGAUUUAUUGUCUAGGGCCAUAUAACCCGGGCUAGCGUGACAAUAAAUACGGGGUGGUGGGGACGUUGUUGCACAGGUGGAUACGUUGUGCGGACGCUAGGGCUAGUCCCCCCCGGCGGAGGAAAAGGGACAGGGUACGGGCGAAGAUGAGAAAGUUGACAGGGAUCUCUCUAUCCGGCACAUUGACCUCCGUCAGCCGCCCCUGGUCGGCCAGCUUGGAUGAAAAUAAAAGUAGCACGGGUGAUAUGGAUGUGUCAGGAUUGAAAUCGUCAAAGUUUGCUAUUGCAGAGGACGAGCGGGAGGCAGAUUAUAGCCCUGGUAAGGGUCAAAAGUUGGACUGCUGACUAGCAUGACAGAAGGCAGCUCUUUUGCCCUAAACCGCGCGACAGACUCGCUUCCAGGACCGUGAACAUUUGUCAUGCACCGACUACAGACUGUAGGUCUAACUGGUAUCCGUUUUAUGCAUGGCAAACUAUUUCAACUUUGACGAUUUCAAACCUGACACAUCCAUAGGCGAUGAGCAUGAUUAUGCCCAGUCAAUUACAUCAUCCGAAAGCGACGACUCCGGCCAAAGCACGGGAACUGGGUAUGCAUUGCAAAUGUCGCUGGACGUCUGGAAAUUUUCGAUGUCGCUGAGGCAUGCAUUAUACCAAAGCAGCCGCUCCUUUUAAUACGGCUGAGUCAUGCAUACCAAUUCAGCCGCUCCUCCUUUAAUGAAACUCGCGCCCCCGGUUGGUGGAGCGAUCGGCUGACGAGGUACGUCGGGGGACGUUGCUACAUCAAUCAAUCAAUACGGCAUACAAUUGGAGGCUUAUUUUUGCAGAUUCAUUAGUCUGCCUUACUACAGUCGUGCGAGAUCAAGAAAGAAGCUGGCGACUCGUAUUCAUGCGUGACAGAUGUUGACCUCGUCUAAACCUUGCAUCGAAAAGAACCCAGAUCCAGACAUAUUUGCAGUUGAUAAUGAGUCGCCGCGCAGAAUUUCGUUCGCGGACGGGAAAGAAAGAGUGCCCGGACAGCCCACCAACCGAACGCCACUACCCGCAGCAGGUACUUCGCUAGGUGCCGCGAUCGCCGGCGCCAUCGAGCGUUUUGACAAAGACGUAGCCGUAUCGACGUUGCAAAAGGAUAUCAAUGAAUCCAAGACCGCUGUUGCGAGUUCUUGUGCAUCUUCGCAUACUUACUUUCAUCGUGUUUAAGAAGAAGAAGAAAACGUGCCAAAUUCAUGUCAGACAAAUUUGAUUUCACGGACAAAAGCCACGAAAAAUCGGGCAUGAUAGAUGCGAUCAAAAAUUAUGCUGAAAUAUUAUAGCGCCAUCAAGCGUAAAAUAUACGGGUUCACAACUUUUGCAGUGGAUACGCCAGUCUGUCUACAGAGAUGCACACCAAGAUCAAUCAGCACACGGCAUGGGCACGAGAAAACAAACUCGAACCGAGCCCCGAAUUGCCAGCCGGCCCUAGUCGUCUUCAGGCACAACAACUUCCUCGGCGAGGUCAGCAGCCGAAUGAGAUGGCCGCAGAGCCUGUUCUUCCCUACUGUGUCAGACACGACAAGCUGGCAAGGACGUUGCAGGAAGACGUUAUGGAUUGUAAAAAUGUCUGGGUCUGGAAGGUUGGGACUUGUAAUGCUAGCUUUCCAUACCUAGAAAAUCUGUAUUGCAUAACCAACAAAAGUCGCAGCCUCUUUUGUCAUGCGAAAACGCAGCUUCUCAUGCGGAUUGCCUAUGAGAGAGCGUUUUGGGAAGUUGUCAUGCCGGACUUCAUUUGGAAGUGUUUGCAUCGUGCACCUUUAUUUUAGCAUCACAAGUUUCCAGACCCAGACACUUUUGCAUUUGAUAGACGUGCAGCGUGCCCUAUUCCUCCGGGACGGAGCGGGUGCUCCGAUCCGCGGCCGCGCACCGCUCCCCGAGAAGCUGCGGGGCGAGCUUCAGAGGGCGUACGGCGCUCGGGUAUUGUCCGGGCUUCCGGUAUGGAUUGCACAAGUAUCGAUCUCAGUCUGGAGGAAAAUAAUUGCAUAAACUUGUUAAGGUUGUUGGAUGUGAAAGAAUCUGAAGAAGAUCUUCCCCUUAUCUGUGAUGUAAACAGAACGAAGCUUGCCAUGCGGAGUACGCAACUACGCAUAUUAGCAGCUCAAAAACGUGUCAUUCUUGUUGGCCGCGUACUAAUAUUGCAGUGUCACUACAACUUAUCAUUUACAGACCAGCAUCACAUUCACAGACCGGGGCCAGAUCAAUGUUUUCGACGUGCAUAUCCGGAAAUUGUCCACAAUUGGAGACAACUGGCGAGGUUUCGCCUGAUACACUACCUGCUGCCGCACUACGACGGGAAAAUCCACCUCGCCGGCGCAGAUACCGUGGCGGGGAACGCGAUCUUGGCGGAGCGGGCUAUGAACUGCAAAAGUAUCGUACUCGUAUAAAUGCAUUACAAAUUAUUUCCCCAGCAAGAGAAAUUUGUCAUGCGGAUUUACCUCAAGAAAAAAAUUUGUACUGCAUGACUGCAAUUACUACGAGUACGAUACUUUUGCACAGGAUACGGGCGAGGGAGAUACAAAAGUGGCGGGAUGAGCAACUUGCGUGCCUCGAUCUGUUCGAAGGUCUUUUAUGCAUUGCAAAUAUGUCUGGGUCUGGAAGGAUGCAACUUGUGAUGCUAUUUUUGGAUUCUAAAAAAAUAAAUCUGUGUUGCAUGACAAGAAAUAGGAGUCCAGUUUUUGCCACGUGGAGAGGGCAUUUCUCAUGCAGGAUAGGCGUGAAGAAGUCCUCAUGCUAGGGCCUAGGGCAUGCAUCACAGACAUCAUGGCUCAUGCUAAACGGCGACAGGCGCUACCUAACCAACCAACCAAGUCUCAGAAUCUUCCAGACCCAGACAUAUUUGCAAUCCAUAUCUUUUGGCGCGGAACAAAGAACUUUUUCGCCGCGCGCGGGAGACCAACCUACAGAAGAGGGGUAUCGAAAGGAAAAAUCCCCCCUCCCCAUAUCAAAACGGAAUUUCUCCUGCUGGAUCUGUGUACACAAAUCAAUUCUGUAGUGCAGAGAGGCAUUGCGGCCAGAUCCCCAGGCUAGCUAGGGGCGUAUAAGUCUAGUUGUUUAGCAUGGCAAACGGCCCCCCUUUAGGCCCAACAGCAUGACAAAUCGCUUCCAUAAUGGGGCGGAAGGUUCUGCCCUUGUCUUCUUGCAAGACAAAUGUGAAGAAGAUUGGCGGCCUCAAAUCAGCAGCACGAAUCUCCGGAAGCGGACCUUUUCAAUAUGGGGAGGGGGGACUUUUCAUUUUGAUAAGGAGGGAGCCAGACCCGGACGGCGUCCUCGCUUUCAAAACGAAACCGCAGAAGCGUCUCCUGGGCGACGCGAAGCAGGACAUCAGCGAGUGGGCACGGAUUGCCACCACCGCAAAUAUUAAACUGCCCGAAGAUGAUAGCCUCGUUUCAUCCUCGGCUCCCGUUAUUUCUGUUCCUCGCCCAGGAACGACAGCAGGGGCCGGUAAUACUAGUAUUCUCAAGACGUCGUCGUCGCAAUCAACAACCGGUACGGAGAUCGAGCAGCGACUUAUUGGACUGGCAAACUCUCUCUGGCGGGCCAUCGACCGGCUAGAGACGGCCCUUAUCGCGACGUUCGCGGUUGAGGAGCAGCGCGAAUACGAAAUUUUUGUAUGAAAUGCAAAAAUGUCUGGUUCUGGAAACUUGUGAUGCCAAAAUGUGCAUGAUGAAAACACUUCCGAAUGCAGUCCGGCAUGACAACUUCCCACAAUUCUUUCUCGUAGGCAAACCGCAUGAGAAAGUGCGUUUUUGCAUGACAAAAGAGGCUGCGACUUUUGUUGGUUAUGCAAUACAGAUUUUCAUUUUCUAGGUAUGGAAAGCUAGCAUUACAAGUUCCAACCUUCCAGACCCAGACACUUUUACAAUCCAUAUUUUGAGCCUGAAUGCGACGAGUUGUGCCAGCUGAACACCCGCCGGCUGCUUGUUUUUAUCCCGGAGCUGUUGGAAGAGCCAACGGAGGAGACUGCUCGGAAGGCGCGGCAGGCGUUCCUAGCUAACUUCGGCAUCAGAUCCGAAGCCGACGUGCAGGCGUUGGACCUCUUUGACGUGACCCUGAAGGCCUCCCAAGUUCCUGAAACGGUAUCAGAGAGUCCCCCGAACAACGCGGAAAAGAAGCAAGCCCGCGCGCUGCUGCGCACCGACGUUUUGAAGAUCUUCGUGCGACUGUUGGGCCGGUUUCAAAAACUGUGGAUUGAGGACUUCGCCAAGCUCCUGAAGCAGGAUGUUGUUGAGCGACCUGGUGCAGUAGGAGCAACAAGAAGUCCAGGACGAUCGUCACCGAACUUCGAAGCAGUUCGCCCCGCGUCCCCCGUUUUAUUUAUGGACGACCGCGCCAGAGCUAAGCUUUUCGAGCAGAUGCUCACGGAGCAGAUAGACGCGACCGAGCACUUUUUCGACCGCUGGCACGACAUGCUGAAAGAUUCGAAAGAGACGCAAGAGCUGGCACAGCUGGUGACCGCCCGGCAUUACUCUACUUCGGUGGACACGAUUCGGGGUCCCGUGGCCCUCGCCGGGGGGGCUGCAAAUCCAGGGAACGCAGGCAUUCUCCUCGCAUCGCCGCUGGAGCGGGAAAUGAGUGUUGUGACCGACUUGAUUUUAUGCAUUGCAACUACUGCUUCUAUGUGUGGGUCUGGAAAUAAGUGAUACGGAAUUGUGGAUCAUGAUUGACCGCAUGACAAGACAAACUGAGCUUUUGUAGGAAAAAAGAAGCUGCGACCUUUGUAGUUGGUCACGCAAUUAUACAAGUUCCACGAGCAGCAUAAUUAGAACAAGUAUCCAGACCCAGACAGAUUUGCAGUUGACAGAGUUCGAGCCGAAUUUUCGUGGACCAGUUGGCCACGCCCUUCUUCCAGAACGUGUUUCUCUUCUACGUUCCCAAGAACGAACAGCCUAAUCAAGAAAAUGCAGCGAAUUUAUUUGCGCCGAAUGCGGAAAGCCUGCGUCUGGUGAAGCAGUACGUGAAACGCGACGGCCGUGUGAAGCGCUGGCUGCAAGGACGCAAUGGGGUUUUUGCCCUUCCGCAGCACCGAAGCGAGCCCUUCGGAAAAGACUGGGCCGACGGGCUGCCGGACAACCGGCUGAGUCAGCUUCCGAGAUCCACUUCGCAGUCGGGGCGCGUCAAAAAAACGCUUCACGGCCGCGUGGAAACCCAACUGGCGGACAUGUCCAGGAAAUACCAGGACAUGGCGACUCGAGGUCGGCACGAAGCGAUGACCAGCGUCCCGACGAAACCGAAAGCCAAACCGACAUCCAUGCCUUUGCAGCCUGUGGGUAAGGUGCCGCCCCCCGGAGGUGCAGUCCUACCCAGUCCGCUCCCGCACGAGAAAGUAUCAAAAUACAGAAAAAGCAGCAGCGCCUGCUCUCCCGCCCACGAGCCGGACCGAAACUUGAUGUCAUGUGCGGUUGUACACAACAAGGAAAUUUUGUAUACAUGAUCUCUGCACAGAAGUAGUACCUCCGAAAGACGACGUGAUUUUUUCUGUCUCCCGAAGUUCGGACUCUAAAGCAUUCAAAUGUCGGUGCUUUUUUAGUAGAACUCGCCCCGCACAUCGCAUCAAAGCGCGUAACCCUUCUGGUGGGUGUCAAGGGAGUGGGAAGUCAUUUGUUAUUUCGCUUUCAUAAAGAGGUGCUCCCGCCCGCCCGGGAGAUGCGGAUGGAGUCCGCGCGCCUGGGAGCAAAGCGCCGGCGCAAGCAAGGCCUGUUGCGCAAAUUAAGCUGACACGGACUCCGCAACAGAAAUCGAGCGGGGGUUUGUGGAGAUGGUUCCUCAAUUUGUUCGGGUUGGCAGCGUAAUUAUGAACAUGCUUGCAGCGUUCGUUGAACAGGUGCUGGGAGCAUUGAUGUAGAAAAGUUAAAUUUCAGAGAGCCAGGUCAGUAAGUUGCUGGCGACCGAUGAUCGCUCGACGUUCUUUGAUUCAUACUAAAUUAUUUUUGCCAUAAAAUUACACAUUUUCAAGCUCAUGGUUACAUUCUCAACUGAGUAACCAGUCUUGAUCCGCAUUUUUGUUUUCUGCACAGCAGUGUCGCGUACGAAAUCAAUUUUUUCGUGCAGGAGUAGAACUAAUACACCAGAUUGUGAUGUUGGAGAGACCGCUUUCCAGUUGACAUCUGGGAGGUCCUGGAAGGCAAUACAGCUACUCGGCAGCAUUUGAUAAUGAAGCGCUCAUGGAGAUGAAUAAAGACAUCACUGAGCCUGUCGAGUAGUAGUUACAGAAGAGAGCAAGAAUCGAAUCCAUUGCCACAGCCUGAAGGAAUGAAAAAUAUCGUGCAUGUAUGAUUUCAAAGCCCACCCUGCUGACCUGACGCGAU